AUGGCACCAGCGAACAAGAUACGCGACAUCUUCAACGUGAACGGCCUCGUCGCCGUCAUCACAGGCGGCGGCAGCGGGCUUGGCCUCUACGCCGCUCGGGCUCUAGAUGCCAACGGGGCGAAGGCAGUCUACAUCGUCGGUCGCAGAGAGCAGACCUUGCAGGACGCCGCGAAGACUGCCGUCAAUGGCACCAUCAAGCCAAUCGUAGGCGACGUCACCGACAAGGCUUCCCUCCAGAAGGUCGCCGACCAAGUGCGAAACGAACAGGGCUACAUCAAUCUUCUGUUCGCCAACGCCGGUGUAUCUGGGCCCAAGCAUACCGGUGCCCUCACCAAGUCUGAUGGAAGCAAGCCUUCGAUUCAGGAGGUCCAACAGAAGCUGUUCGAACCGGACAUGGAGUCGUUCACUCAGGCAUUGCACGUGAACAACACAGCCGUAUUCUACACCGCAGUCGCGUUUCUCGACCUCCUCGACGCCGGCAACAAGCAGCGAAAUGUGCCGCAGACAUCGCAGAUCAUCGUCACAUCCUCAGUGGCAGGCUUCAGCCGACACCUAGCCGGGAGCUUCGCCUACUCCACUUCCAAGGCCGCGGCGACGCACCUCGUCAAGAUGCUGUCGACCUUCCUCUCCGUGAACAGCUUCAACAUCCGCGCCAGUGUUAUCGCACCAGGACUCUACCCCAGCGAGAUGACUGAGGGACAGACGAGUCAGCUGAAGAGUUAUCAGGGUGUCGAGGGGCACGAGAACGCAUACGAAGGGGCCCACGAGAUGCCGCAUGAGCGGAGUCCGGCUGAGCGGACUGGCAGCGAGGAGGACUUUGCGGGCACAAUCCUCUUCAUGGCUAGUCGGGCUGGUGGUUAUCUGAAUGGAGAGACACUUCUGACGGACGGAGGAAGACUGAGUCAGCUUCCUGGGACGUACUGA